AUGGUCAAAUACGCAUUUGACUUGUCCUUCAGUAAAUUUUUAUCAUCUCAUAGUGUACGAUGUUCUUCGCUCAAUGAUUCGAGUAGCGACGUGGAGAGCGAAACUUGUGAUUCUUGA